AUGGCCUCUUCUCGUAUAUUCAUAAAGGGACUUCCUCCAAAUAUCACCGAGGAUGAGUUCAAAACGCAUUUCGGUGCGAAGCAAGAAAUUACGGAUGCAAAAUUGAUCUCUCACCGACGAAUCGGUUAUAUUGGAUACAAAACACCAGAAGAAGCUGCAAAGGCAGUCAAACACUUCAACAAAUCAUUCGUACGAAUGUCAAAGAUUGGCGUGGAAAUUGCCAGACCUAUAUCAGAUUCAUCUUUACCUGUAUCGAGGAAAGCACAACGUGAACAAGAACGGGAAAAUAACAAGCUGCGGCAAUUGAAGCAAGAUGCGGAUGCAAAAGUCUCUGAGAGCCUGAAUGCUGGAACCAAGCGGAAACGAAGCGAUGUCGAUAUUGCAGAUCCCAAGCUACAGGAAUUUUUGGAGGUCAUGCAGCCGGCCUCGAAAUCGAACGCGAAUAUGUGGAAAGCUGGGACCAUGGAUACUGAUAUGGAGGAACCGCCAACGAAGUUACAGGCCAUUGAAGUGCCAGAGGGAGAAAGCGACGACGAAUAUCAGUCAGUACCUAGUAAGCCCAAGAAGGCUCCUGCAAACCCCAUCGAAUCAAAAGCGCCUAUUGCACCGAUCCCUUCAACUAUUGUUGCCGACAGUGCCAACCAAGCGGAUGAGGCGAUGGUCGAUGCACCUUCCAAUGAAGUUGAAGCCACGGAUGAUGAUUGGUUGAGGAGUCAUACGAAUCGUCUAUUAGAUAUAGUGGAUCCGGAAGAUAUUAUUCCCAAAACACAAAACUUAGACGUCAAGGAUGUUGAAGAGGUGGUUGCAGGAGAAACAGGACCCAAUACAGCAGUUGAAGAUACGGUUGCCGACGAAGCACAAGUCGUAGAAGAACAGACGGAGAAUUCACCUUCAGAACUGGAUACGACACUUGAAAUGAUCAAAGCCAGUGGUCGACUGUUCGUUCGGAACUUACCAUACAGUGCAACAGAGGAUGAUCUUCGGAAGCACUUUGAACAAUACGGAGCUUUAGAAGAGAUACACUUACCAGUAGACGCCAAAGGUGCCAGUAAAGGAUUUGUCCUUGUACAAUACACAGAUCCAAAUGCUGCUGCUGAAGCAUAUCAUAAUGUCGAUGGCGAGCCUUUCCAAGGAAGGUUGCUGCACAUAUUACCUGCUGCAGCUAAACGAGAUAACAAGCUAGACGAGUUUGCGAUAGCAAAGCUUCCCUUGAAGAAGCAAAGACUUCUCAAGAAGAAGGCCGAUUCUUCCUCUAGCACAUUCAAUUGGAACUCUUUGUAUAUGAAUCAGGAUGCAGUCAAUUCAUCGGUGGCUGAACGUUUGGGGGUCUCGAAAUCCGAGCUUCUUGACCCAACUUCGGCAGAUGCUGGAGUCAAGCAAGCCAUUGCUGAGACUUCGGUCAUCCAAGAAACUAAAUCGUACUUUGCGAAUAACGGAGUUGAUCUUGAUGCGUUCAAGAAACGUGAGCGUGGCGAUACAGCCAUUUUGGUCAAAAACUUCACCUAUGGCAUGACUCUAGAAGAACUUCGGAAGAUGUUCGAAGAAUUUGGUCAGGUCAUUCGUGUUCUCAUGCCCCCGACUGGUACGAUCGCAAUUGUUGAAUUUGCACAGCCAACACACGCAAGAGCAGCAUUUGCAAGCCUUGCAUAUCGACGUAUGAAGGACACUGUACUAUUCCUAGAAAAGGCGCCCAAGGACCUUUUCACAGGACCUCCACCUGCUCAACCGGUGGCAACAAUCAACAGGAAUGCGGACAACGCAGCAGAUCCUAAAUUAUCAACAUCUGAUCUUCUCGAAAGAGAUAGUGGCGUUGAAAAUGUGGAUACAACUACAUUGUUCGUCCGUAAUCUCAACUUCAGUACUACCAGUCAACGUCUCACGGAAAUUUUCAAGCCCCUUGAUGGCUUUUUAUCGGCACGCGUUAAUACAAAGACGGAUUCAAAGAAACCUGGCCAAGUGCUUAGUAUGGGUUUUGGCUUCAUCGAAUUCAGAACUAAAUCCCAAGCACAGGCGGCAAUCAAAGCAAUGGAUGGAUACACACUUGACAAUCAUAAGUUGCUGGUUAAGGCGUCGCACAAGGGAGCUGAUGCUGCUGAGGAGAAAAGGAAAGAGGACAGAGCUAAGAAGUUGGCGGGCAAACGUACAAAACUCAUUGUCAAGAAUUUACCGUUCGAAGCUUCCAAAUCGGAUAUUCGAAAACUGUUUGGGACGUAUGGGCAGCUCCGAUCGGUGCGCAUGCCCAAGAAAUUUGAUCACUCAACACGUGGUUUCGCUUUUGCAGACUUCAUUACGGCUCGUGAAGCGGAGAAUGCACUAGAGGCUCUCAAGGAUACCCAUCUUCUUGGCCGUCGUCUGGUAAUCGACUUCGCUUCCGAAGAAACUGUUGACGCAGAAGAAGAGAUUGAAAAAAUGCAGAAGAAAGUCGGAUCUCAAGUCAACAAAGUUGCCUUACAAAAUCUUACCGGGGGAGGUCGCAAAAAAUUCAAUAUUGAAGGCAACGAUGCGGAUCUGGAUUGA